UCUGCCUGUUUGCGCAUCUUCCUUCAGCUCCCGCAUCGUAUUCAGCGUCCUAAACCGUUCACUUGCUGUUCGUCUCCUCUUCCUCCACUGCCUCACCCACUCCCCCCCACCCGACUUACCUUCGCCUCGAGCUCCCAGGAAACACCAACGAAGAACCUAUCCCCCUCGACUUAGCCUAUCGCCGCAAUCUCACCUACCCCCAACUCCCAUUCACCCCCCUCAUCAUCGCCCGCCAUGGUCGACCGUCCCAACAAGCCUUCGGCCUUGGUCUCGACGCCGGGCCUCCCUCCCCAGGCUCAGGUCACCAUCUCCCAUAACAACUCGCGCGUCUCUGCCGUCCUACCCACCGGCGAUAGCAUUGAAGUACUCCUCCAUGGUGCCACCGUAAUCAGCUGGAAGGACUCGUCCGGCGAAGAACGACUUUGGCUCAGCGAGGCGUCUGCCCUCGAUGGCAGCAAGGCCGUCCGCGGUGGCAUCCCUCUCGUUUUCCCGGUCUUCGGCACCGCCCCCGAUCACCCAGCCGUAGGUCAGCUCCCCCAACACGGCUUCGCUCGCAUCACCCGCUGGGAGUUUCUCGGCAAGUCCACCUCCGAGGCUGCCUCGGACAGCGUCAAGCUCGACUUUGGCCUCUCCUCCGAAAACCUCGACGACAAACUUAGAAGCCAAUGGAACUACAAGUUCGGCAUCAUUUACAGCGUCACCCUCGAGCGCAACUCUCUUUCCACCUCCCUUGUCAUCACCAAUGAGGGCGACGAGCCCUUUGAGUUCCAGACUCUAAUGCACACAUAUCUUCGUGUCAAGGAUAUUACUUCCCUUCAAAUUAACAAUCUAGAGAACUCUCCCUACGUCGACAAGGUCGACAACCUCACCUCCAAGACGCAGGAUGGGCCCGUCACCAUCACAUCAGAAACGGACCGGGUCUACACCCCCGCCGGCGGCCCUAAGGUCCCCAUCGUCGUGGCCGACGCCUCCGGCCAGGCCGUUUACAGCGUUGUUCGAGAUACCCUAGACGACGUCGUCAUUUGGAAUCCCCAUGAAGCCAAGGCCAACUCCAUUGGCGACUUUGCUCCCAAGGACGGCUGGCGCAACAUGAUCUGCGUCGAGGCCGGCGCUGUCAAGGGGUGGCAACGCCUAGAGGCCGGCGACGCUUUCGAAGGCGCUCAGGUCAUCACCCCUGGCCCUUUGUAAGUUGCGGCUCGCUCUCGAAACUAUAGGGACGAGGGAUUGAAACUCAUAUGAGUGCGAGAAUGAAGCAUUCAUAACCUGAUUCCAUUUUGAGACCUACCCUAAACCCAUCCGAUCGGUUAUGACUAUAGAAAUGUGUCAUUCACCAAACCCAAAGAAGCAAGAAGAAUAAUGCAUCAUGAACAUGUUGUGAAUCGACCCGACGCCUUCAUCAUGGUAUAAUAAUACAUGCUAUGCUCCCGUACGCCCCGGCCAGUGAUGCUUCCAAUGUCCCC